AUGCUGAACUCGCACCUGUCUUGGAAUUCCGGACAGCCGUUCCCGCUUGAAGAGCAUCCUCCCUGCUACUGCAUUGUCACCGAUGAUCAAGUCUGCAACUUCUUGCUCUAUCCUGAGAGAUCGGUUCAUUAUCGUCAGGAUCUUGCAGCACUACUUCGUUAUGACACCUCUGAUGUCGUCAUUACUCCCUCUGAUCCCAAACAGACUGAUGCUGCAUGUUUUGGCAGGUCCAGCCGUGCCGUAGUUGCAGUCGGGAAAGCCAGAUUGGGCAAUGGACGCUCACCGGUUGUUUGUCUGUUAGAUUGCCGCCCACUACUGUGGGGUUGGCGUCGUGUUUCUGCAGAAGAUGGAUGGCUUGACUUGACUCGAUUACGCCGCGGUUUCGCUUCUGUGCUUCCUUCAGGAUGGAGCAUACAUGUCGGUGCGCACGGCGAACAUCGCAACUGGGCCCGCGUCUGGAGCGGUCAAGUCUUGGUUUUACGGCUCGUGCCAAGUACUCUCCCCACAGGAGUUCCUGUAUACGGAGCUCGCGCUCCUGCCUUUGGUUCCGACGAUCGCGCCGGCGGUCCCCGAACCAACAGUACAGCUGUUUAUGAUAGUGUUCUAUCUGAUGGUGCCCGUGGAACCUUCGGGACUAGAAACUGUGAGGGUCCAGCGCCCAAUGCCUCCGGUACUCCCGACACCUCCUCAGGUCAUGAUGUUGUUGGGCAUGAUACACGUGGUGUUCAGCUCCCAGCCGCACUUUGCACUUGUCCUAGCCGGGACGCUGUUUUUGGGGCUGCGCACCUUUGUUUCGGAGCUGUUGCUUCUUUGGACUGGCUAUGGGUAUACUGCCUGUUGCUCUCCUCCCUUGGACUUGCCGUGCGACAAGGUGGGUUAGUUGGGAGUUGGUUCCUCGUCGGUCUAGGAGCGUCCGCCCUGGGACACGGGCGGCACAUUGGAAGGCACAGGUUUGCUGUUCUUCUUCUUCUGUGCUUGAUUAACUUGGGCACCCUCGCUGAGGCUGUUACCUCGGAUCCUGUCUGCCACACAGGCCCGAUUUUUGUGCCCUGUCAUGUCAGUGACCGUCCUCUUCCCACUCCGUGCCGGACGACCAUCCCUCAGCCUAUCUUCUAUGACCUUACAAGCGAAGCGUCCUACUCCGAUGACUUUGGUAUACCAGAGGAAGUUGAUGUUGAUUUGUUCUUCGAACCUCUGCAAACACUCCUCGAGGAGAGUGUAGCACGAUCUGAUGAAUGGGCCUUCCUUGCAGCCACGUUAGUCGAAACACUGACCGAGCACUUUCGACCGGUCGUUGGUGGUCCCCCCACGGGCAACGCCGCUUUUGGAGCUGCAUGCGAUGCGAACGCUGCUCUUGUCAGCGCACCGGGUGUUCCUCCCAGCUGUCAGGUUACGCCUAUCACCCUCUGUGAGGCCAUACCGGCCACGUCUUUUCAGCAAGCUGCUUUAGAUCUGUGCGCUAUCGUGCCGCGGCCGGCACCGGACGCUAGUGGUCUUGAUUGGCUUGAUGCCGAUCUAACCUCACUGUUGGCUGAAGUGCGACAUGCAAGCCGAUGGCACAAGCUCUUUUCGGACAUCAGAUCGUGGCACUCUGCUGGUGCCCCGUCUGACAUUCUGCGCUUAGAGAUCUUUACUGAUGGGUCCGCUGAUAAUGGACACCCUGUUCCGUUGCUUGGGCCUGCUGCUGAGCCCACUCACGGCAAGCCAUGUGCCUGGGCCUUUUCGGUAUGGGUAAUCACUGUUGCCGGCAAGUUUCUUUUGGGAUGUGCCGCGUACACGGCUGUGCCGCCAGAUACGCCCUUCUUUGUUGGAGAAGUUGGUCAUCGGCACAUAUCCGCCCACACCGGUAUUCUUGAAAAUGAGCUAGUCGACAAACUAGCAAAGCUUGCUAGAGCACAUCGGAUGCAGAACAUCACGCCAGGGAACGUUGCGAGCUACAACGUCCUUACUCUUUUUGACCCAGACGCCACCAAGGGCCGUGCCGCGCGUAAUUCGCAUGCUGGGCUCAUGAUCUGCGGCAAAAGAGAUCUCCUCAAGCGUCAGCUUCUGCAGGCCAAUGUUUGGCUCCUUGGCCUUCAAGAAACCAGGCUUCCUGAGACAGGUGUGUUGCCAGAUAGAGAUUUCCAUAUGAUCAGCUCGGCGGCUACCCCUGAGGGCAGCUAUGGUUGCUCGCUCUGGAUCCGCCUGGAUCAGCCCUUUGCCCGCGCGCAGGGCAAACCUUGCAAAGUCACCACAGACCAAAUUGUUGUUUCUAGCUUUUCUCCCCGCCAUCUUCAGGUGCAGAUAUGUACUCCAUGGAUCCAGCUCACUGUGCUAGUUGCCCAUGGUCCUAGCGCUGUUCGCCACGAAGUACAGGCAGAUACUUUCUGGCGAGAUCGACGUGACGAUCUUGCACGGCGGCCGGAGGGAUCGGAAAUUAUCCUGUUGGUCGACGCCAAUAGCCGACUUGGCUCUGUUAGCACCUCAGCUGUUGGCCCUCAUCACCCUGAGCCGGAAUCUGUUGCGGGUGGUUUCUUUCACGGCUUCUUGCUUGAUGUUGGGUGUGCCCUUCCUUCUACCUUUUCCCAUGUCCACAUCGGCCAGUCCUGGACUUGGGCUGCCCCUGGGGACGACCCCACUCGACACCGACUAGACUACAUCGGGGUGCCGGACAAUUGGAUGAGCUUUCAGCAGUGCAGCCAUGUUUGGCUAGAUUUUGAGGCCCUCCAGGCUCGUCUUGAUCACCUCCCUGUUGUCCUGGAGGUGACUUUUUGGAAGGAGCUCGGACAAGGUAGUUAUGUUAAGGCCAAGCGUAUUGCCCAUCGUCCCUCUGUUGGGCUCAGUGCGGUGCAACGUUCUGCCUUCGCCGUUGCACUUCAGUCAGCGCCUCGUACUGGAUGGCAUGCGGAUGUUGAUUCGCACUUUGCGGAGCUUGUGCCCGCCUUGCGUACAGCCUCCAAUGAGAUUAUGGUUGACUCGGAAGCCGUGCCUCAACAGCCAUACCUUACUUCGGACACCCUUGAGCUUGUACAAGAACGGCAGUGCCUGCGUCAAUACAUCCGGAUAGAGAAUUCCGAGCGUGACAGGAGGCUUCUCCUAAUCUCCUUCGCAGCUAUGCUUCAUCAUGGUAGGGGCACGACCUUCACCGCACAUGCCUUGAGCCUGGCUGCACAAUGGCUUGCGCAAAUCGAUGUGAGCAUAGCACGCGCCGUUUCCCUGUUGCUCAAGCGCACCCCGCAGAUAAGGCGAGCAGUUAAGCUCGACAGAGCAGCAUACCUCAACGGACUUGUGCAGAACCUCUCUCUCAAAGAGGUCCUCGAGCCCAAGCGGCUAUACGAGGCUGUCCGUAAGGCCUUUCCACAAGCCAGGUCUGCUCGACGUGCGGUUCUCCGGCCUAUUCCCGCUGUCCGUCUCGAUACCGGGGAACUAGCCACCAGCUCAGAGGCCCGCAACGAGAGAUGGCGGGCAUUCUUUGCUGAACAGGAGGCUGGGGAGGUUCUUACUGAAGCCGAAUAUUCUGCCUUCUUCUCCUCUCCGGACAUUCCGGUCCAACAGGGCUAUACGGCUUUCAGCGUCAUAGCUCUUCCCACCCUUGGGGAGAUCGAGACAGCCAUUUUAUCCCUGAAAUUUGGCAAAGCCUCUGGGCCGGACGGUGUCACUGCUGAGGUUUUGAGGGCGGCGCCGCAAGCCACUGCUCUCUUUGCAUACCCGCUGUUUUUGAAAGCUGCGCUUUCUGCCCGAGAACCCAUUGAGUGGCGGGGAGGUAACUUGAUCGCGCUUGCCAAAAAAGCCUCCAAGGCCCUUGAGUGCUCUGGGUAUCGAUCGAUACUUCUGGCCAGUGUCGUCGGAAAAAUCCAUCACAAGGUCAUCCGCGGCAAGUUGGAGCCACGACUGCAACAUUUCAAGUCCGGCCUACAGGCCGGCACAGCUAAAGGCAUUGGCGUUGACACCGUCGCCCUUGCUGUCAAAGCCUUUCGAGGUUGGACCCGCCGGCAUUCCACUUCCGCCGCUGUCACCUUCUAUGAUAUCAAGGCUGCUUACUACCAUGUGCUUCGACAAACUCUUGUCCAGUCGCCCGAUCAAGACGGUCCCUUGCUUCAAUUGCUCCACCGUAUCGGCAUUCCGCCUGCAGCUGUAUCCGAGCUUCAAGGUCACCUCGCUAGGAUCGCGCUUCUAGGCGAAGCUGGUGUCGAUGAACAUGUAGCCACUAUAGUCGCUGAUCUUUUUCGGGGCACCUGGUUCCGUCUGGAGUCCAGCGAAGUACUCACGGGCACAAGGCGCGGAACGCGUCCAGGUGACCCACUUGCGGAUUUGCUGUUUGGUUUCAGUUUCGCGGGCUACCUUGAUAGCGUCAACAUUGCCCUCGAGGCAGCCGGCCUUUCCACUCCCGUUCCUCCGACGCACUUCAAGCCUCCAUGGGUUGGUUGGACAGCGCCCGCACAUGUUAACCACGCCUCUUGGGCUGACGACUAUGUGCAUCUGCAAGCCAGUGCUGAUUCGCAGAGCCUGUCCCGCCACAUUGUUCUGGCCGCCAGGUUACACGUGGAAAAAGCUUCCGCGGUCGGCAUGUGCUUGACCUUUGCGCCGGAUAAAUCUGCCGUUCUCCUGUCGUCACGGUACUCCCGCAGUGAGAGCCACGACAUCAGCCAUGAUGGAGACGGUAACCCUGGCUUUGACAUCUAUGACUCGGUCAAAGGCGUCACACACUUUCUGCCCAUUGUUGACUCCUACCGUCAUUUAGGUGGAAUUCUUACAGCAAACCACAGUCCCGCCACGGACCUUGCUUACCGGUCUGCUCAGGCUUGGGCCACGCUUCGCCCUUUGCGUCGGCGGCUUUUCGGUUCCCAGGGUGUCCCUUUGACCCUGCGGUGUACACUCUUGCGCUCGCUUGUGAUUUCCAAGUUCACCUUUGCCUGCGCCACUGUGGACCUGCACGCGGCGUUGCAUCGCCGUGCCUGGUGCAAAGAGUACGUCAAUUUUUGGCGUACGCUUUGCAAGCGUCGCUAUGGAGAGAAGCCCACGCACUGCUAUGAAGUCUUGCGACACUCUGGUGCGGCGCCCCCGCUCCUCGCCCUAGCGCAGGCCAGGGCCGCAUUCGUCGAAAGGCUCCUUCGAUUCGGGCCCAAUACCCUCUUGCACUUACUUCAUGUGCAUUGGAGGGAGAAUGCCCAGACAUCCUGGAUCCAGCAGCUUCUUUUAGACUUGAAGGCUGUCGCUGUGUAUUCAACCUCCGCAGGUGCUGUUCUCAGCGCUUCAAACCCUGUCCUCAGCCUGUUUGAAGCCCUGCAACAAGAGCCCCGAUGGUGGCGUCGACAAAUCAAGGAUGCCAUUAAGAGCUUCCAUGCUGAUCUUCAGGCUUGGGCCAAUCGUGCCGUUGGUACUGCAGGGGAAGCCUCCGAACACGAUGGCAUCGAAGUUGCAGACACAGUCGAGUUGCCCUUCCAGUGCCGUUGGUGCGGCCAGACAUUUCGGCUACACAAGCAUGUGGCCGUCCACGAAGCUAGGCGACACGGAGCGCUCAGUCCUGCUCGACACUUUGCAUACGGCCCAUGGUGCAUUGCGUGCUUAGGUUUUUAUCACACAACUGAGCGCGUGCAGAAUCACCUUCGCCAAAAUCACGCCUGUCUUCGGCGCUGCGCUCAUCUUGUUCCUCCCCUCGCUGUGGCUGACGUAAGGGAACUAGAACAGGAAAGCAAAGCCAGGAAGAUGCGCAUACGCAAAGGUGCCUGGCAGCUCUUUACAGCUGCAACUCCUGCAUGUGCCGCACAAGGUCCCCAACAGCCGACCGCAGACGAAGCCCUGGCCGGGCUCGAAGAGAGCGAAAUCACCAUUGCCCGUCUCUCGAAAUUAUACCGGCCAACUGCUGCUGUCGCAGACUGGGUCGAAGGCACAUGCACCCGCCGGACACCAGAAGGUCCACGAGCGGAGACUGUGGACUUCUGGCUACGAAGGCCGGUUGAGGACCCCUGUUUUGUCUCACCUAGAAUUUAA